AUGGUGGAUAAUUUUACCGCAAAUGAGUAUAGUGAUAAUGUAGAGAUAUCAGAAAAUUGGAUUUCUCACAUUGUACAAGCUGUUGAAAUUGAACUUGCUGAUGAUUCUGGAAUUAGGCCUAGAGCAGCCCAUGAGUUCAUUGGUGCACAUGUUGGUGGAUCAAAUAAUCUUGGCUGCACCCACCGGGACCAUAAAAAUUAUCUACGGAGUAAGCGCCAAAGAGAUUAUAUGUAUGGGGAAGCCGGAAGUUUGUUAAAAUACUUUCACUUACAAACAAUAGAAAAUCCUUCUUUCCAAUAUUCAAUUCAAUUGGAUUGUGAAGAACAAAUAACAAAUAUUUUUUGGGCUGAUGCAAGGAUGCUUAUUGAUUAUGCUUCAUUCGGAGAUGUAGUUGCCUUUGACACUACAUUUGGUACAAACAAAGAGCACCGAUCCCUUGGUGUAUUUGUUGAUUUUAACCAUUUUAGGGAGACAACGGUUUUUGGUGCAGCUCUUUUAUAUGAUGAAACAGCUGAAUCUUUUAAGUGGUUGUUUGAAACUUUUCUAGCUACACAUGGCAAUAAGCAUCCAAAGACAAUGUUCACUGACCAAGAUAUUGCUAUGGGAAAGGCUAUUGCAGAGGUGAUGCCAAAGGUGUGGCAUGGAUUGUGUACAUGGCACAUCACAGAAAAUGCAACAAAGUACUUGCUAAGUUAUGGAUCAUCUAUUCUUCAAGAAUUCAAAGCUUAUAUGUAUGAGAUUAAAGUAGAGGUGGAGUUUGAAAAGGCAUUUGAAGCAUUGCGUGGGAAAGUGACAAAACAAAGCUGGUUAGAUAGUAUUUAUGCCGUAAAAGAAAAGUGGGCAGAAUGUUACAUGACCAAUGUAUUUUCUUUGGGGAUGCGUAGCACUCAAUUAAGUGAAAGCUUCAACAAAGAUUUAAAAGGUUAUCUGAAAUGCACUAUGGAUAUAAUGCGUUUUUUCAAACAAUUUGAGAGAGUCAUUGUGCUAAAGCGGCAAAAUGAGACAAACAAUGAGUUUGAUUCACGGGAAAAACUGCCAAGAAUUAAGAUGCGGAGAUCACCUUUACUUAGGCAAGUUGGACAAAUUUAUACUCCUAAUAUAUUCGAAGCCUUUCAAGAUGAGUAUGAUUGGUCAACAACAACUUAUAUUAAGCAACCUGUUGAAGAUCAAGUAAGCAAUGAAUAUAGAGUUGUAAUUUCAGACCUUGAAAAUAAUAACUCUAUCGAUAAAGAAUACCAGGUAUUGGGUGAUCCUUUGACUGAAACAAUUUCAUGUAGUUGUAAAUUUUUUGAAAGAUUGGGCAUAUUAUGUGCUCAUGCGUUUAAAGUCCUUGAUACUAUGAAUAUUAAAUUGGUUCCCGAGAAGUAUAUUUUGAAACGCUGGACAAGAGUAGCAAGGGAUGAAACAGUGCAAGAUAUUUAUGGGAGGACUAUUCUUGAGGACCCUCAGUUGGAUGCUACUCGUAGAUACAAAGCUCUAUGUCAAAAGUUUGUGAAAAUGGCUGCGGAGAAUUCUUUGUAG